AUGCCGGCAGUCCCUCGAGUGGAUCGCAUCAAAACGGUAUACAGCGCAGCUAAAGCUCUGCACUAUGCCUGGAAGUUCACCGAUUUUGUCAAAACGCCUGCUUACAAUGGUGUUUCCAGAUAUAUACCUCAACUUCAUAGGAUAACUUUCCGCUUCUGUAAGCAGAGUGAAGCAAGCGUUGGUGUACGGAAUUUCAUUGAGCAUAGAAUUUUAGAAUUAGGAGCACGCGUACCGUCUGUCGUUGUAUAUACUCAACCUGUUCGUUUCUCGAAUCCUAUAAUUCGUGCAGAAUACGGAAAUGGACGAG